CGCCCGGUCAGCCCCGAAGAGUUGCCCGGUGGCCGCGGCAGACGGAAGCCGAGCGAGAGCCUCGGCGGCGGCAGGAUGGGGGACUCCAAAGUGAAAGUGGCCGUCCGGAUCCGGCCCAUGAACCGAAGAGAAAUUGACUUGCAUACCAAAUGUGUGGUGGAUGUAGAUGCAAACAAGGUUAUUCUCAGUCCUGUAAAUACCAAUCUUUCCAAAGGAGAUGCCCGAAGCCAGCCAAAGGUAUUUGCAUAUGAUCAUUGUUUCUGGUCUAUGGAUGAAUCUGUCAGAGAAAAGUAUGCAGGUCAAGAUGAUGUUUUCAAGUGCCUUGGGGAGAAUAUCCUUCAGAAUGCUUUUGAUGGCUACAAUGCAUGUAUCUUUGCCUAUGGACAGACUGGAUCUGGAAAAUCUUACACCAUGAUGGGCACAGCUGACCAACCUGGAUUAAUCCCAAGACUUUGCAGUGGACUCUUUGAACGAACCCAGAAAGAGGAAAACGAAGAGCAGAGUUUUAAAGUAGAAGUGUCCUAUAUGGAAAUUUACAAUGAAAAAGUUAGAGACCUUCUUGAUCCCAAAGGAAGCCGUCAAACGUUAAGAGUCAGAGAGCACAGUGUGUUGGGACCCUAUGUCGAUGGACUUUCUAAACUGGCUGUCACGGGCUACAAGGAUAUUGAAUCUUUGAUGUCUGAAGGUAACAAAUCUCGUACAGUUGCUGCAACCAACAUGAAUGAGGAGAGCAGCCGAUCACAUGCAGUCUUCAAAAUCACCCUCACACACACACUAUAUGAUGUGAAGUCCGGGACAUCUGGAGAGAAAGUGGGCAAGCUGAGCUUGGUUGAUUUAGCUGGCAGCGAGCGGGCGACGAAAACGGGAGCGGCAGGUGACAGGCUGAAGGAGGGCAGCAACAUCAACAAGUCCCUCACAACCCUCGGUCUGGUUAUCUCAGCCCUAGCAGAUCAGGGUGCUGGCAAAAACAAGAAUAAAUUUGUUCCAUAUCGUGACUCAGUUCUCACUUGGCUGCUCAAAGACAGUCUUGGGGGUAAUAGCAAGACAGCCAUGGUAGCUACUGUGAGUCCGGCCGCUGACAACUAUGACGAAACCCUUUCAACCCUGCGGUAUGCAGAUCGUGCCAAGAACAUCGUGAACCACGCUGUGGUGAAUGAGGAUCCCAAUGCACGGAUUAUCCGGGAUCUCCGAGAAGAAGUAGAAAAACUCCGAGAGCAGCUAACCAAAGCAGAGGCAAUGAAAUCUCCAGAGCUGAAAGACCGGCUGGAAGAGUCAGAGAAGCUAAUCCAGGAAAUGACUGUGACCUGGGAGGAGAAAUUAAGGAAAACCGAGGAGAUUGCCCAGGAGCGACAGAAACAGCUUGAGAGUCUUGGAAUAUCUCUUCAAUCUUCUGGAAUUAAAGUUGGGGAUGAUAAAUGUUUCCUCGUUAAUCUGAAUGCUGAUCCUGCUCUGAAUGAGCUUCUGGUUUACUACUUAAAGGAACAUACACUGAUAGGUUCAGCAAAUUCCCAAGAUAUCCAACUAUGUGGAAUGGGAAUUCUUCCUGAACAUUGUAUCAUAGACAUCACAUCAGAAGGCCAGGUUAUGCUGACUCCUCAAAAGAACACCAGAACAUUUGUAAAUGGCUCCUCUGUAUCCAGUCCUAUUCAGCUAAACCAUGGGGACCGGAUAUUAUGGGGGAACAACCACUUCUUCAGACUUAAUUUGCCUAAAAAGAAAAAGAAAGCAGGUGGAGAAGCUGAGGAACAAGACACGUCCAUGAAGAAUGACACCAGUUCUGAGCAGCCGGAUGUGGAUGGAGACUCGUCCAGCGAGGUGUCCAGUGAAAUCAGCUUCAAUUACGAGUACGCGCAGAUGGAGGUAACCAUGAAGGCUCUGGGCAGUAACGAUCCCAUGCAGUCAAUACUGAACAGCCUAGAACAACAGCAUGAAGAGGAGAAACGGUCUGCAUUGGAGCGCCAGAGGCUCAUGUAUGAACAUGAACUGGAGCAGCUCCGGAGACGGCUGUCUCCUGAGAAACAAAACUGUCGUAGUUCGGACAAGUUUUCCUUCCACUUACCCAGCGCUCAGCAGCGAUUGAGGCAGUGGGCGGAAGAGAGAGAAGCAACACUGAAUAACAGCCUGAUGAGGCUGAGGGAACAAAUCGUUAAGGCCAAUCUGUUGGUGAGAGAAGCUAGUUACAUUGCGGAAGAACUGGAUAAACGAACAGAGUAUAAAGUAACCCUACAGAUUCCAGCUUCCAGCCUCGAUGCCAACAGGAAGCGAGGCUCUCUCCUUAGUGAACCUGCCAUCCAGGUGAGAAGAAAAGGAAAAGGGAAGCAGAUUUGGUCUUUGGAAAAACUGGACAACAGGUUAUUGGAUAUGAGAGAUCUUUAUCAGGAGUGGAAGGAGUGUGAAGAAGAUACCCCAGUGAUACGGUCUUACUUCAAGCGUGCAGAUCCGUUCUAUGAUGAGCAGGAAAAUCACAGUCUCAUUGGGGUGGCUAAUGUCUUCCUGGAGUCCCUCUUCUAUGAUGUGAAAUUACAAUAUGCUGUUCCAAUAAUCAACCAGAAAGGAGAGGUGGCAGGCCGGCUGCACGUAGAGGUGAUGCGCAUUAGCGGUGACAUCGGGGAGAGGAUAGCGGGAGGUGAUGAUGCUGCGGAUGCGUCCCUUGAUAAGGAGACCCAGGAGAACAAACUCGUGUGCAUGGUUAAAAUACUUCAAGCCACUGGCUUGCCACAGCAUCUGUCCCACUUUGUAUUCUGCAAGUACAACUUCUGGGAUCAACAGGAGCCAGUAACUGUUGCACCCGAGGUGGAUACCUCAUCCUCUUCUGUCAGCAAGGAGCCUCAGUGCAUGGUUGUCUUUGAUCAUUGCAAUGAAUUUUCUGUUGGCAUCACUGAAGACUUUAUCGAGCAUCUUUCAGAAGGGGCUUUGGCAAUUGAAGUCUAUGGCCAUAAGAUGAAUGAUCCUCGGAAAAACCCAACCCUGUGGGAUUUGGGGAUUAUCCAAGCAAAAACACGCAGUCUUCGGGACAGAUGGAGCGAAGUCACCAGGAAAGUGGAAUUCUGGGUUCAAAUCUUGGAACAGAAUGAGAAUGGUGAAUACUGCCCUGUAGAGGUAAUUCCUGCAAAGGACGUGCCAACAGGUGGAAUCUUCCAACUCCGGCAGGGGCAGUCCCGGCGAGUCCAAGUGGAAGUGAAGUCUGUGCAGGAAUCUGGGACUUUGCCGCUGAUGGAAGAAUGUAUAUUGUCUGUUGGCAUUGGAUGUGUAAAAGUCAGGGCGCCGAGAUCGCCCAAGACUCAUGAAACCAUCCAUGAGGAAGAGGAGGACAUGGACAGUUACCAGGAUCGGGAUUUAGAGAGACUACGUAGAAAAUGGCUAAAUGCGUUAACAAAGCGUCAGGAGUACUUAGAUCAACAACUGCAAAAGCUUGUCAGUAAACAUGAUAAAACAGAGGAUGAUGCUGACCGUGAAGCUCAACUACUAGAAAUGAGAUUGACUCUGACUGAGGAGAGGAACGCGGUCAUGGUCCCCUCAGCUGGCAGCGGGAUACCAGGGGCCCCGGCAGAAUGGACGCCGGUUCCUGGGAUGGAAACACACAUUCCUGUUAUAUUCCUCGACUUAAAUGCUGAUGAUUUCAGCUCUCAGGAUAAUCUUGAUGACCCAGAAGCUGGUGGAUGGGAUGCUACCCUGACUGGAGAAGAAGAGGACGAGUUCUUUGAACUGCAGAUUGUCAAACAGCAUGAGGGAGAGGUGAAAGCGGAAGCCUCCUGGGACUCCGCAGUGCACAACUGCCCUCAGCUGAGCAAAGGCACGCCCGCGGAUGAGCGAGUGUUUCUCAUCGUGCGGGUGACCGUCCAGCUCAGCCAUCCGGCCGACAUGCAGUUGGUAUUACGCAAGCGCAUUUGUGUCAGUGUUCACGGCCGGCAGGGUUUUGCUCAGAGUCUCCUAAAAAAGAUGUCACAUCGAAGUUCUAUUCCAGGCUGUGGAGUGACCUUUGAAAUUGUCUCCAAUAUUCCAGAGGAUGCCCAGGGAGUAGAGGAACGAGAAGCAUUAGCAAGAAUGGCAGCUAAUGUUGAAAACACGGCUUCUGCUGACUCGGAGGCAUAUAUUGAGAAAUACCUCAGGAGCGUGCUGGCAGUGGAGAACCUUCUCACGUUAGAUCGUCUUCGCCAGGAAGUUGCAGUGAAGGAACAGUUGACAGGAAAAGGGAAGCUGAAUAGGAGGAGUAUUAGCUCUCCAAAUGUGAACAGACUAUCUGGCAGCCGACAGGAUCUUAUUCCAUCCUACAGUCUAGGUAGCAACAAGACUUCCUUCAUUUUGCAGUUUUCAGAGAUCCAGGGAGAGAUUGACCAAGUCCUCAAGUCUAGGAGAUGCAAAGCAGGUCUUUGCGUUGGCAGACAUGACCAUCUUGCCCCGUCCCCAGCCCAGCGGGAAGUGAACACCAGUGUUCACAGGUGUGCAGUGGAGCGACUGCAGGGCCGGUGGGAAAGUCAACAGGAUGUAUCGCAAACUGCCGUUUCUAGAGCAAUCACUCCGGCUGCCCCAUCUCCCCCUGGUUGUCCCCAAAAUAACCAUUCUCCUGAUCCAGGACUCAGUAACCUAGCAGCCUCCUACUUGAGUCCAGUAAGAUCUUUCAUGCCGCAGAUGCCGAAGUUGCUGAAGUCUCUCUUCCCCGUCCGCGACGAGAAAAGGGGCAAACAGCCAUCUCCCCUCACACAUCAGCCCGUGCCUCGAAUCAUGGUGCAGUCCGCCCUCCCGGAUGCCGGGGUGCCCAGGACGGUGGAGGCUCAGCGAGAGAGCGCGGGGCUGCACGUGGCCCCCGAUGUGCCCGUGGCCUUGCCGGCCGCCCCCUCGCCCAAGACCUACGACGGGCCCCCGAGACCUGCGCCCCCCUCCCCGGCCCCCGAGGGUGCGGACGGGCCGCCCAGCCCCCUGAGCGAGGCGUCCAGCGGCUACUUCUCGCACAGCGUCUCCACCGCCACCCUGUCAGACGCCUGCGGCCCCGGCCUGGAUGCCGCGGCGUCGCCCCCUCCCGGCCCCAGCCCGGCCACCCCCGAGCCCGAGCCCCCGGCCGCGCCCGUCACGUCCCGCACCCCACCCGGCCCGGCGGAGCGGAUGGCGCCGGGAGACGGCGCGGCCGCGGCCCCCGUCGGGGCUGCAGCGGUGAGGCGGGACGAGGCAGCAGGCCCCCCCGCGCCUGACCGGCAGGGCAGGAGUGACCCUGCCGCCUCCCCCCACAAGCCGGAGAGGCCCCAGCCCCAGGCGAAGCCGGCCGCCGGCCCGGGGCCCGACGUCUCCAGGCCGCCGCCGCCUGCUGAGCCCCAGUGCCAGCCGCCCGCUCCGGCCCCUCCCUUCAGGAUCCAGAAGGUGCGGACCUCGGAGCUGAAGUCAUUCACACGCAUGCUCGGUGGGGACCCCGGCGGCCCCCCGGGGAGCGAGGAGGACCCGCUGGCCUCAGGGGGCCCGGGCGUCGGCAGCGCUGGGGCAGAGGCCCCGGGAAAGCUGGAAGUCUCCUCGGAUUCUGAAGAAGCCAGUGAGGUCCCAGAGUGGCUCAGAGAGGGAGAAUAUGUGACUGUGGGCACCAACAAGACAGGCAUCGUGAGAUACGUGGGGCCCACUGACUUCCAGGAGGGCACGUGGGUCGGAGUGGAGCUAGACUUACCUUCAGGUAAGAACGACGGCUCUAUCGGCGGGAAGCAGUACUUCAAGUGCAACCCCGGCUACGGGCUGCUGGUGAGGCCGGGCCGCGUGCGCAGGGCGGCGUGCGCGGGGCGGCGGCGCAGCGCGGGGCUCCGGCCGCAAGGCGCCCCCGAGCCCCGCAGGAGCGGCGCGCUCUCUGGCUCCGCCACCAACCUGGCCUCGCUGACGGCGGCGCUGGCCAAGGCCGAGGGCGCGGCGGGGCGGGCCGAGCGCGCCCCCGGGAACCCGGAGAACCGCAAGUCCUGGGCCAGCUGAGCGGCGGGGUGGCCGCCUCCCGUCCUUCCUGGGCGACGGACAGAGGGGGCGGGGCCCCUCCGAGCCUUUGCGGGGACAGCCCCGGGCGGGCCCUCCAGCCCCUCUCCGUGGGGACAGGCCGGGAAUGCUUUCUGCACGUCGCGGGGCUGGUGACCUCUCCCUGUUUCUCCCUCUCCCCAGAGAGUGAGGCGGCGUGGCAGCCGGGCCGCGGGUGGAAGGUUCUAGGAGCCCAGCGUGGUCCCGGAUUGUGGAGAGCGGGGUUCCGCCGUCUUCCUGGGCCUGGGGCCGCCCCGACUGCGGCCGCUGUUGCUCUUUGUUCUGUG